CUGUAUGAUGGACCCAGUGCUGAAGCUCAUUUGAUCACACGUCUGUGUAGGGAUGUAGGAAGUAGCAGUCAGUACAAUUCCAGUGGAAACCACAUGUUUAUACGGAUGCAGACUAGUGGGGACAGUGGCAGGGGUUUCAGUGCUACUUACACCACAGGAUGUGGAGGUAUGCUGAAUGCAGACACUGACGGACAGAUCUUCUCUCCAGGAUACCCUGGCCGGUAUCCGUGGAACACACAAUGUGUUUGGAUUAUCAGCUCUUCCUUCCAUG